GCACGGGUCUGUCCACCUGGACUGAGAAGGGGCUGAAUUCCAGCGGGCCAGUUGCUGGUGUCGGGGAGUCCUGGAGUCCUUUGGAGCAGGCAGCGCCGGACAGGUCAAUGCCAGCCGGAUGAUGACCAGUUGUGGCCAGCGGUCCCGGAACGUGCUCGCAGUAUUUUCCCUGCUGUUUCCUGCAGUCUUGUCUGCACACUUCCGGGUCUGUGAACCUUACACAGACCACAAAGGCCGCUACCACUUCGGUUUCCACUGCCCCCGGCUCUCGGACAACAAAACCUUUGUCCUUUGCUGUCACCAUAACAACACGGUCUUCAAAUACUGCUGCAACGAGACGGAGUUCCAGGCGGUCAUGCAGGCAAACCUCACAGCCGGCCCCGAGGGCUACAUGCACAACAACUACACGGCACUGCUGGGAGUGUGGAUCUACGGCUUCUUCGUGCUCACACUGCUGGUGCUGGAUCUGCUCUAUUAUUCCGCCAUGAACUACGACAUUUGCAAGGUUUACCUGACCCGGUGGGGCAUCCACGGACGGUGGAUGAAACAGGACCCCCGGCGGUGGGGGAACCCUGCUCGAGCCCCUCGGCCAGGACAGCCAGUCCCGCAGCCGCAGCCGCAGCCGCAGCCUCCCCCUGGUGCCGUUCCGCAAGCCCUCCAGGCGGUACACACGCUACGGGGAGACACACACAACCCACCCCUGAUGGCCUUUCAGAGCUCAUCUGCCUGAAAACCCUUUUGCUGUGCCUCAGGAUGGAGGAGGUUAGAUUCAGUGCACCUGGCGAAGCCUCCAAGAACAGCUUCAACCAAGACACCAGGGAGAGCCAGGGCAGUGGCGCAGUAACAGAAGAGGAAAUACCACCUGUGCCCAGAACCCCCUUCUGUGGACUUCUGAGAUUAGGAGCAAACUCAGGGUCCAGGGACAGGGUGCAGGGAAGGGGCUCUGAGCCACCUGUGUACAAGCAAUAGUUCUCAUUGGGGAUGGUGGCUUCUGAGAAGACACUCGGUGUGGACUGAGAUGACCAACACUAAGCUGCCCUGACUGAUCCCAGCCAGAAGGAUUUGGGGCCGUGAGUUGUAAUGUGGUCCAAACACUGUUGUUUCCCCUGCCUCCACUCCCUCCAAUAGCGGCCCCCUUAGGCCUAUCCGUUUUGGACUAUUGACCUUGAGUGUGUAUGCGCGCACGUGUGUGUGAUCAGGGUGUUCUUCCUAUAUGUUCAUUCAGUUAGUUUUUAAUUGAGUCCCAUCGCCACUGGCUGCAGGUUCUCUGAUGAGCACAGGUCGCCAUGUGGCUGAGGAAUCUUGCUGUGUCCUUGUCUGAGUCCAGGCAUCACGCUGUGGCCAGCAACUGUGAGCCCGUGGAGUUGGCAGGCAAAGCACCCAGCCUUCCUCUGCCAAGGUAGUGGGGACUGGAGCUUAUCGAUUGGCUCUGGUGGAAUCUGUAACAACAGUAAUGAGGAAGCUUCUCAACUGGCUUUGGGCAGCCUAGGUUGGAUGUGUUGUAUGCAUCAGCACAGUCCUUGGGAGGUGGGGGUGCCUCUGGAAGCAGUACAGCUUGAGGAAGAGUGCCACAGUCAUUGGCAGGAAUUGGUCAGCUCCAC